CAGCUGACAAGUGGCAGAGCCGGGAUUCGAACCUAUGACCUCUGACUCCCAAGCCCGGGGUCUGUCCAGUAGUAGUCGAGGCAGGAGAUGAUGAGUGUUUGGACCAACGUGGUGACGCAUAGAGAGGAGGGGGUGGAUUCUAGAGACGUUCUGCAGGAAAAUGACAGGAUUUUAGUGGCGGUGCCCCCAUCCCUCCCCCGACAGGUGUGUCUAAACAGUACCAGGGUAGGGGCGAGUUGCCCUCCACCUCUCCCGGCCCUGUCUCCCCUAGGCCUCAUCGGGAGGUGAGGGGAGGUGCAGGGGAUUCGGACCCGGUGCCCCGGCCCGAGAGCGGGCCGACUGGGCGCAGCCCCUGAGGCAGAGAUUCAUUCGUUCAAUAGUAUUUAUUGAGCGCUUACUAGGUACGGAGCACUGUACUAAGCGCUUGGAACGGACAAUUCGGCCACAGAUGCCAUCUUCCCAUCCACAGGGUCUAGGCGGGCAGGGAGCCCGUCGAAGGGUUAUCCUGACCUUGAGCCGAGAAUGCCCACCGGGCCCCCGCGGGGCCUUGGCAUCCUUCAUCCGGCCUCCGCCUCCCCCCCACCUGUUUGCCUGGUUAUUUUUGCCCCCCGGCCGCUCCUCACUCCCUGCCCAAGGAUCCUCCUGAGUAAACACAGGUGGAAGCAGGAUUUACAAGCGGAGAUAAGGUCCAGGGGACAAAGGUUGGGAUGUGGUACUUCCCCUUCCUGAGGAUAGCGGGAGUUGGGGGGAAGGGGUCCUCAGGGACCCUCGGGGCCUGGGCAGAAGCCCCCCGAGGCUGGUUCCGUGGGACGCCCCGCUGGCUGAGGGGUGCCCACUCAGGGGGUAGAGAGGCGGGACGUGGGGGGCAGGAGGCAGGGGCUGGUGCGGACGGAGAGGGGACGGCGUCCCGGGGCCGGGCGGCCGGCCCCUCCCCGGCAGCGGGGAUAUAAAUUACUGCCCAUCCCUUCCGUGUCCCAUUCGGCUGCCAGUGUCUGACUCCUCCUGCCACCAUGUCUUACGUCCCCGCACCCGGAUACCGGCCCAGCUACAACCCUACCCUCCCCUACAACAGCCCCAUCCCGGGGGGGCUGCAGCCGGGGAUGUCCGUCUACAUCCAGGGGAACGCCGACGAGAAGAUGAAGCGGUUCUGCGUGAACUUCAAGGCGGGCUCCGGAUCCGAGGCGGACAUCGCCUUCCACUUCAACCCGCGCUUCGACGGCUGGGACAAGGUGGUGUUCAACUCCUUCCAGGGCGGGCGCUGGUGCAACGAGGAGAAGAAGCGCAGCAUGCCCUUCCACCGGGGCUCUCACUUCGAGCUCGUCUUCCUCGUCACCAACGAGCACUACAAGGUGGUGGUGAACGGCAACCCCUUCUACGAGUUCGGGCACCGGCUGCCCCCUCAGAUGGUCACCCAUCUGCACGUGGAUGGUGACCUGUCGCUGCAGAGCAUCAACUUCAUCGGGGGAAAGGAGCCGGGCUCCUCUAUGCCACCGGCCUACCCCGGCGCUGGAGUUCAGAGUCCCCCCUCGAGCCUCCCGUCGAUGGGGGGACCCCCAGUCUUCAACCCGUCGACGCCCUACCGGGGUCACCUGAAUGGGGGGCUCUCGGCCCGGAGCACCAUUGUGGUGAAGGGCUUUGUGCCCACGACUGCUGAAAGCUUCAUCAUCAACUUGAAGGAGGGCGAGAGCGACGACGUCGCCCUGCACAUCAACCCCCGCUUGCUCAGCGGCUCGAUCGUGCGCAACAGCUUCCUGAAGGGCAAGUGGGGCAAGGAGGAGGUCAAGGUCGCCUUCAACCCCUUCGCUCGGGGCCACUAUUUCGACCUCUCUAUCCGCUGUGGAAUGGACCGGUUCAAGGUCUACGCCAACGGCGACCAUGUGUUCGACUUCACCCACCGCCUCUCCGCCUUCCAGAAGAUCAACACGCUGGAGAUCCAGGGCGACGUAAAACUGUCCUACGUCCAGAUCUGAGCUCUGUCCACGGGCUCCUCCUGGCACGGUGGACCCUCCUCGGGCACCAAUCUCCAACCCCCAUAGCAGGGACCCAAUAUCACUUCUUCCAGCUCUCGGCCCCCCACCUUCCUGCUACCCCGCCCCUCCCCCUGCCACGCUAUCCGGCCCCCAAACCCGCAACGCUCCCCCCUCGCCGCCACUGUGUCCACCCUAGGUGUCCAGACAGUCCCUCCCACCCUCUGCCAUGUCCACACUUGUCUGGGCCACCGCUGCCCUCAAUAAAUAUGCCAU